ACAGUCCAAAUUUCAUAUAAAAAGCCUAGAGUUUCAAACGAAUAUCAUUCACUCACCGGCUUCUAGUUCAGCUUGCCAAUUCAUUUGCCUGUCUACCGUAUCUUCAACUUAGUUUCAUCAACAUGAAGACUAUGAGCAUUAUUGCCUUGUUGGCGCUAGUGGGAAUCUGUUGGGCUUCAUCGGAUGGGCUCAAGGUGAAACGCGAUGAUGAUUUUGAAGGAAACGAGAGCCGCGUUCAAAGAUCUUACGGGUCUGUUGGCGGUUAUGGCGGAGGUUUCGGCGGCUAUGGUGGAGGAUUCGGCGGCUACGGCGGAGGAUUUGGCGGCUACGGCGGAGGAUUCGGCGGACAGGGCGGUUUGGGAGGCUAUGGUGGUUUGGGAGGAUAUGGUGGUUUGGGAGGAUAUGGAAGUUACGGAGGCGGAUAUGGCCAUGGAUCCAGCUACGGAGGUUACGGUUCCAGCUAUGGUGGUUAUGGAUCCAGCUAUGGCGGCUAUGGAGGCUACGGCGGAUAUGGUGGAUACGGUGGUGGCUACGGAGGUAGCUACGGUGGCGGAUUCGGCGGUGGCUAUGGUGGUGGCAUUGGUUACUAAGGAACUGCUGUGCUGAAUAUCCGUUGGGCAUCCAGUGUUAGCAAGUUUUCAUUAACAAUGCUUGAUAAAUGACCCUUAUUUUGAAAUUCCGACCCCCAAAUGUGAUCAUUUUACUCGUCUUAUUUGUUGGUGUAAGAUUUAAUUUUGCAUAAGAAAGUAAGACACGUGAGAUUGCAGGUCUUAAAAUACACGCUGUCUUCACAAAAAGA